AAUUUCUCGGUUGUUCAACUAAAAAGAUGGCUUUCCGCGUUGGGAAUGCCAACUCAAGGCCUUAAGGCCGAAUUGAUGGCUCGUCUUGGGCGUGUUCCUCCCGAGGAGCGCGGCCAGGCACCACGCGAAGACGCCAACCCAAAUUCUGGAGAAGAUCGACCCGUUAACGAGGAUUCUGAAGAAGAUCAACCCGCUAACGAAGAAGAAGAAGUUCAAGGCGACGCCUCCGCCCAUCAACUUCAGGGCGCCGAGGGCAACGUGAACAUCGCACCAGCGGCUUCUCAGAGGGUGUUCUCCCGAGAUGCCCUUGAGCAACAUGAACUUCUUGCCAUCAUAAGGCAGCUGCAGGCAGAAGUAAGUGCGCAUCGCAAUUUGUUGCAACAAGCGCAGACACGUGGCGCCGCACAACAACAAGCAGUUGACAAUAGUGGCAACCUCGGAGACUCGAACAUUCUACCGCGGUCGCAAAUGCAUGCAUCGUCUGGCAACCCUACCAGUCUGAUCGUGCUACCGACCUCAGACGACAAUGCAUCUGGUGGCGGCAUUACAAGCUCAAACGUUUUGCCAGCCCUGCAAGGCCUUGCAUCGAGUGUCAACAGCAGUGGUUUGGCAGUAUUCGGCUCAACGAACAACAACACCGCCGUUUUCAACGCCGACGGAGCUGCCAGCCGAGCUACAUCAGCAACAUCGUUAUCUUUCGCCAAAGAAGCAGCCAUAGACUUUGACGAAAACAUGUGUGCUCGCAUCUGGGUGGAACACCUUAAGAACAUUGGUCAAGUAUAUGUUUUGGCCGACGACUGUCUAAGGAUGCUGUUCAUCACCAAGCUGAAGGGAAAGGCACAGCGUUGGUUACACGCCAACCCCACUAGAAUGCUGGAACCUUUCGAGAGGCUAUGCGAGCAGCUGAUUAUGGCCUUCGGGCAAAUGUCUUCAAAAUCCGAGCAGCGUCGCAAGUUCGAGCAACGGAAAUGGCAACAAACCGAGCGUUUUGCCAUGUACUUCGAAGACAAGAUGAUGUUGGCUCAACCCAUCAACCUGGAGACAGAUGAGCUUUUGGAACAAAUCAUCGAAGGAGUGCCAUCAGCCAAUUUAAGGGAUCAAGCACGCAUUCAACGAUUCGCCAACCCGGAGCAGAUGCAGCAAGCCUUCGCAAAUAUCUGCCUCCCGCAGAUAAUCGAGACCAACGCAGCGAAGAAGACAUCUAGGGAGGCCUCUGGAAACAACGAAUUGCGCUGCAGAAACUGUAACUCCAAGGGCCAUUUCGCAAAGGAUUGCCGCAAGCCAAAAAGGGCUCCCGGAUCUUGUUUCGCAUGUGGAGAAAUGGGGCACUUCGUAGGGCAAUGCCCUAAGAGGAAGAGCGCCAGCGACAACAACAAUUAUAAUGUCUCAUAGACUCAGGCAGCGCGAUUUCAUUUAUAAAACUUUCCAAAGUCCCAUAUGGAAUACACAUUACUAAAGUUAAGACUUCAUAUUU